GAGAGACAGAAGCAGUGCCGCCAUGGCCCGCUGCCAGACACUGCCGCUGCUCCUCGCACUGGCCGCCUGCGUCCGCUUCCUGCCGGGCGGAGCGGCGCUGCGGUGCUACCACUGCUACUCCAGCGAGGACCCCGCCUGUGGCGACCCGUUCCUUCCCGGCGGCGUUCCUCUCGUCGACUGUUCGCACCCUCAACAGAUGUGCGCCAAGAUUACCUACUACGCAGAGUCGCGCGACUGGGUGGAGAGACGGUGCGCCUUCAUGGGGGGCUCCGGGGCGUGGCGCAGUGGCCACGUGUACACGUGCGGCGAAGACGGUUGCAACGUGGCAGGCCGCGCCGCUGGGCAGGCUCUGCUGCUGCUGUUGCUUCUGCUGAUGGUGGCAGUCAGUGCCUGGUGACCGCAUCAACGAUGCUGCACAGACCACAUCAACGAUGCUGCACAGACCACAUCAACGAUGCUGCACAGACCACAUCAACGAUGCUGCACAGACCUCAUCAACGAUGCUGCACAGACCACUACU